CUUACAUGUCACCACGUGUCUCGAAUAUUCUUUGUCUUUCUAAGUCUAUGCCUUCCAUAGAACAUAUCCAAAAUCACCUGCCACACAAUUUACAAAUCAUUCACACAACACCAUCUCCAAAAACAUGGCUCCAUCUAAAGUCAACCAUCUUCUCCUUAUUUCUCUUCUUCUCUCCUUAGCAAUCAUCUGCCAAUCUGACGAUGAUGAGUGUGUACACACACUUUAUAUCAGAACAAGCAACAUCAUCAAAGGAGGAACCGAUUCAAAAAUAUCUCUAACACUUUACAACAAACAUGGCAAAACUUUUGAGAUCCCAAAUAUUGAAACAUGGGGUGGUUUAAUGGAACCAGGUCACGACUACUUCGAGAGGGGUAACCUCGAUAUCUUUAGUGGGAGAGGAGACUGUUUCGAACAUCAUAUAUGCGGAAUGAUUCUUACUUCAGAUGGAACAGGUUGGGGUCAUGGUUGGUAUGUCAACUAUGUUGAGCUUACAAGUACCGGUAAACAUAAGAAUUGUCGUAAGCAACUAUUCACUGUUGAGCAGUGGCUAGCUACUGAUACUUGGCCUUGGAAUCUCACGGCUGUUCGGGAUAAUUGCGAUAGUAUUACUACCAGAUUGUCGUACACGAAAGCAGAAUUGAAGCCAGAAUGAAGCGUAUAAGUCUGUUUUGUAUGUGUAAGUUUUUUUGUUCUUGCAAAGAAUGAUGGAACGUUUGUGCUAAGUUAUUUGUGUGUGCUUUGUAGAGUGGAUUUACUUAUAUUUACUUGUAUCCUCAGUAAAAUGUAUUGCGUGCAUAUGCGAAAUUCGAAGACAUUUUCUUUCAGGCAGAACGCAGAAAGAUGGGUUUUGCUUUUUUUA